GCGUAAGGGGAGAGGGUGCAUCGUCGAAGCGUUGGAGGGUUUGAGGCAGUAAAACUGGCUGGCCUACAAUGUCCGCUAGUAUGCGGAGCACUUUGCAAACUGUUCCAGAAUCAGUGCCGGCCGACCACGUCACAAACUCCAAAAGAAAUCGAGCUGCCGCCCAUCCGCCCGUAGACGCCUGAUCCAUCGACGAGGGGGUCCGACUAUUGAAGAGUUGGCAAUAUUGAUCGAGGUUUGAACGGAAUUAUGCGGAGAACGAUCGAAAUCUGACCGUUUCCUUCCCUCUUCCGCGAAUACAAAAUCGAUACGUAAGAAACUCGACGACGCGCGCGAUAAUUAUUUGGAAAUAUAAUCGAAAAUCUUGUGUAAUGGAGAAUCAAGAGAGAUCGUUGUUCAGUCGGAUGCAACCGAGCAGGGAUUCGAUCCGAUUGCAAAUCGGGCGGAAAGGGUUCGAGGCGGGGGGGAAGGAGAGCGGGAAACAAAUCGGUGAACGCCACUCCGUGAAAGAGCAAAUCGGUCCAUCCGCUUCUCCCGGAAAGUAUGCGGCUACGCCUCGUCCUGUCGUGGACAAUCUGAAGCAAUGGGAGUUGGUAGAGUGCGGUCAGAGUUUGCGAGUGGUGGAAAAGAGGAUCGGCGUGAAAUCUUGUCUCCCUCGGGAGGAGUCGUCGGACGUUGAACGUGCGCCGAGCCUCGUUGGGAGGAAAACUCCCCCUUCGGAGAGCAGCGUGGCCAUCGACGCGAAUCUCGAGGAGAAGUUGAAAGCUUUCAAAGACUCGAAGAUCGUUCAACCUAUUGUCUCGUCUCAACGCGAACGCACCGACGACGGGAAAGUCCCGAUCAAUCUCGAACUGAUCCUGAAACAGCCUAGGAAAGGCUCGGCUAUCGAGAGCACGGAUAUGCUUCAACGGUUAGAACAGCAGGUCAAGGCCAUCGAAAUGGACACUCUUGCAGCUAGAACGCGCCAGUUGGAGUUUAGCUCGGAUUUCGAGCCGGAAAUUCGAUACGCGGACCUUCACCGAUACAGGGAACACGAGGAUCUACUUCGAAACGUGACGGAUAACGAGGCCGAGGGGUCUCCGUUACACCGAGGAGAUGCGACGAGGAAUUCGACGGGAAAUGCAGGGAUCGUUACGAAGAAAGGUUCGACGAAAUUGUCAAGGACGGCCUCGGACUCGAGGCGGGGACAGGAAGCGGAAGUACUCCUUCGAGCGCAAGCUAGGGUGACACAAGCGCGUGUAUUGAUACAGGCUAACAACGCAACAAAGAAACAUCAACGUCAACAGCAACAGCGACAGAGCAGUGCGGUCAGACCGUUGUCAACCGUAACGCAGAAGGGUGCGCAUAAUGAGAAGGAGACAGGGGAUGGCGUGGGAGUGUCGAGUAGCGGUGGUCGACUCUCUUCUCGAAGUCGAACCUCGGAGGAACCCCACAUCGGCAAGUACAAAUUACUUAAAACAAUUGGCAAAGGUAAUUUUGCCAAGGUAAAACUUGCCAAACAUGUACCUACCGGAAAAGAAGUGGCUAUCAAAAUUAUUGACAAGACUCAACUAAAUCCCGGUAGCCUUCAAAAAUUAUUCCGAGAAGUAAGAAUAAUGAAGAUGCUCGAUCAUCCGAAUAUAGUGAAGCUUUUCCAAGUGAUCGAGACUGAGAAAACAUUGUACCUGGUAAUGGAAUACGCCAGUGGUGGCGAAGUUUUUGACUACUUGGUCCUGCAUGGUCGGAUGAAAGAAAAGGAGGCUAGAGCAAAGUUCCGGCAAAUUGUCUCUGCUGUGCAAUACUGCCAUCAAAAAAAGAUCAUCCAUAGGGAUUUAAAGGCUGAAAAUUUACUACUCGAUAGCGAGAUGAACAUCAAAAUCGCCGAUUUUGGUUUCAGCAAUGAAUUCACACCAGGCAACAAGUUGGAUACUUUCUGCGGAUCACCUCCUUAUGCAGCACCUGAACUUUUUCAAGGUAAAAAGUACGAUGGACCCGAAGUAGAUGUGUGGUCGUUGGGAGUAAUAUUAUACACUUUAGUGUCUGGAUCACUGCCCUUCGACGGUUCGACACUGAGAGAAUUGAGGGAACGAGUAUUACGAGGAAAAUAUCGAAUUCCAUUUUACAUGUCCACGGAUUGUGAGAAUCUUUUGAAAAAGUUUUUGGUGCUUAACCCGACGAAACGGGCAUCCUUAGAGACUAUUAUGAAGGACAAAUGGAUGAACAUGGGAUACGAUGACGACGAAUUGAAACCGUACUUAGAACCUGAACCUGAUUAUAAAGACCACAAGAGGAUAGGUGAGUCUGCCAAGGCCCUGGCUAGUAUGGGAUAUACAAGAAGUGAAAUAGAAGAUUCCUUAGGACAAGCAAAGUACGAUGACGUGUUCGCCACGUACUUACUCUUAGGAAGAAAGACAACUGAUCCUGAAUCAGAUGGCUCGCGAUCAGGCAGUUCGUUGUCAUUGCGCAACAUUCCACCGCAAGCUGGUUCAGGUGGUGGUGGAAGUGGUGGUGGAGGAGGAAGUGGAGGAGGCACUGGUGGUGCUGUGCAGAGUCCGUCGCAUAGAGGUGUUCAUAGAAGUAUCUCUGCUAGCAAUCCAAAACCGAGUAGACGAGUUUCAUCCGGUCUCGAAACGCUUCGAGCAGCGCCGAGCCCAGGAAAUGCAACGAACCAUAAUCACGCAACUCCUACGACUGGUGGAACUGUAACUGGAAACACUGGUAGUAAUUUUAAGAGACAAAAUACCGUGGAUGCGGCCACGAUCAAAGAGAAUACUGCUCGCGUUUCUGCGAGCCGACCCUCGGCUCCUAAAAACAGUCCUGGCCAAUUAGAUACUAUGACAAUGUUCAUUCUAGGCGUGGGUACAAGUCCCGGUGGUAGAGCAUGGGCAGGAAAGAGCAACACAAUGAAUGCAGGGGUAGGUAGUGGUCGGCCUCUUACUUCACCUGCCCCUGGUUCUGUUGGUCGACGUAGUACCAUCUCUUAUGAUCAAGCGAAAACGUCCUCUUCAUCUACCGAAAGAACCAACGAUACACCCAGCCUUGGCGAGGGCACUAGACCAACACGGGGUCACACCAAGUCUGCGAGCAUCAGUGCAGGUCACCGUUCCUCAAGUGGCGUAGCUCCCAGCGACCAUUCACUACUGGACCCUCAACCACGCAACGCCCACAACUCCUUACUCGCCACUGCUGACCCUCUUAGACAGAGUUUGGGUGUGUCUCCAAGUAAUAGACUGGCAACACCUACAACACCAGCAUUUCCUCGAAAUGUUCCAAGCCGUAGUACGUUUCAUUCUGGUCAGAAUAGAGCUCAGCGAAAUCAUACUCAGGGUCACACGCAUACACAGGACACGAAUGCAAUUAGUCCGCUAGCGAGACCGUCCUUCUUCUCCAAAUUGUCCUCAAGAUUCUCCAAACGGACAUGAACCGAUUAAAACUUGGCAUCGCUCGAACUUCAAAUGAUGGCCAUAAAGAUGCGCAAAACUUAAUGACCAAUAACAUGCAAGAGAGAUUUGCGCAAAAAUCCAGCGAGUCUAGCGUGUUGCUUAGAAGAACAUCCGGUAAUGUAAUCAUCCGUGCCAACGAUCUGUCUGGAAUAUAUUGGAAUAAACGUUGAGUGAAAAAUGAACGAAAUAAAACUGGAUUGAAAGAAAAAGAAAAAAAAAAAAUAAAAUAAAAUAAGAUAAAAGGGAAAGAGAAGAAAAGAGAAGAGGAGGGAAGGGAAAGAAUAACUCCGUUAUUCUGUGGUGCAUCGUCAAGCUUUCGGGAACGAAACAGAUACUUGUUGCUCAUAUCUCUAGAGGAAAGGUUUUUCUUACCAUUUUAUCUAUAUAUCUAGGAUACACGAGGUAGCAAUAUUCUCUCGUGUUUGUCCUUGCGUAAAUCUUAAUACGAUCCUUCGGAACGAUUCGUUUUUUUCGAAGUGUCUUCCUGACGCGCGACGAUUCAAACAACAAGAUUUUAUUACAAUCGCCGCCCAUUAUUAUUAUUAUCAUCAUCAUCGUCGUAACAUCGUACACGUUACUCAUUCUCAUUACAUAUACAAUUGUGUAGCAGCCGUCACCGUCGCCGCAGCCUUAUCUUUCUAGAUAUAGCAUUUAAAAAUCGUGCCUUUCCCAACAUAACCUGCCAGUGAAUGUGCACUCUUUAUGCCGAUCAUUUUUUAAAGAUAUAUAUAUAUAUAUAAUCCAAUCUCUUUCUAUUUUUAUAUGUGUACCCAUCGUGACAUACAUCGACAACUUCGUUUUCCUUUCUUCUUCUCGCGAUAUUCUAGGAUAUUCAUUUCAACGAAUGAUUUAGCCAUCAGCAUUCAUCGAUCGAUUAAUCAAUACAUAUAUAUAUAUAUAUUAUAUUUUUCGACGUUAUUUAAUUUCUUCGAACAAUUUUCAAUGAAACUUGAAUGAAUUUGUUCAGUUUUCGCGUAACGCUCUAUAAGUUACUCGCGGUAUAUAUAUAUAUAUGCUUGUGCGUCCGUCUAUCUUUCCUUCUCCUUCGCCCCUCCCCUCCCCUCCCUUCUCGUUUGCUCUCCGUUUUCUUUUCUCUCUUUGUCCUUUCUCUCUUUCUGUCAUUUUUAAUUUGUUAAAAAAUCGAUGAGAAAGAGAAAGAAGAAGAAAAAGAAAAAUAUAGAGAAAAAAAAGAAAAAGAAAGAAAAUGGUCAUAAUAAUAACCGAGAGGAAAAUGAGGUAGAAAUAAAAAAAAAAAUUGACUGUUUCGCGUAAGGUAAUUUUGAAGAAGCACGAUAUAUAUAUGCACACCGUUAUUGUUACCAUUAAUCGUUGUCGUUAUCGUUAUCAUUAUCGUUACCGUUGUCAUUAUCGUUACCGUUAUUGUUAUGAUGAAAACAGAAAUAUUCAAUGUGCAAAUGUAAUUUUCUAAUCACAUCGAUAGUGCCAAAGUUCGCAUGGACAAGACUAUAUUACGACUUCCACGCAUGAUUGCUUCGUAAAAAAUAAUUCUUGGUGUAUUCUUGUAAAUCGUGAAGAAAAAUAUAGCAGUCUUGGCGUAAUUUUUUUUAACUUUUAAACAAAAUAAUAAUCGUUACUUGCCUUAUAUAUUUUCGAUCUAGUUAAUCGGGGUUAUUACAUCCCCCUUUUUUUCUUUUAUUCCAUGUUAUCGAUGAUUCAACAGUGUGAUUCAUUAAUCGUUAUCCUUCGCGUGAACGUUUAUUUACACUUAAUUAUCAUUUUCUCAAAGCAUACGAAUAUCUUAAUAUCCCCUGUUUAAUUCUUCUAUGAAAGUGUAAUCGAAUUAAUACAAUUGUUAUAUAUUUUCCUUUUAUAAUAUAAUAACAAUAAAGUAAGUAUAUAUAUAUAUAUAUAUAUAUAUAUGAAUUCGUACAUACAGACAAGUUUUCUAACUGAAGAUUGAAGUCUCGCCUUGUUUCCCCCGAGCCGAAAUAAAAGCGAGCCACACUCUGAAUAUCAAACAGUGACAAUAAACAGAUAUUUUUACUGGCACAGUAGUUAAAGUAUAAUCAACUAACCACGAUUUCUUACAUUAUAUAAUAUAUACAUUCAUUUCUUCUUCUUCUUCUUCUUUUCUUCUUCUUCUUCUUCUUCGUCUUCGUCUUCAUCUCCUUUCUUCCCUCCUCCCUUCUUUCUGUGGUAAUUAUUUUUAUUUAAAACUUAUAUCAAAAACAUAUGAUGAUCAAAAUUUUGUAGUAAUGAUUAAAUCGUAACCCGAGAAAAUAUGUUGGAUAACAGUAAGCCAAAAAUUUAUUAAUUUAUUCUCAACAACAGGAUUACACUAUUGAAUAUAAUAUACUAUUGAAUCUUUAAAUUUUUUUUUUUGAUUUGAUCUUUUAACGAUAAUUCUUUCAAGUAUGAAAAAAAAAAUCAAUUAGCAUUAUCUCCAUAAUAAUAAGCCUACUUACUCAUUUCUCGUUUUCCAUUUUUCAUUUCUUGCUUUUUUUUUUUUCUUUCUUUCUUUCUGUUGGUAUCCAACAUAUUCCUUCUUGUAAUCGGAAAUAAACGUGAAUUAUGUUUAAAUUUACGUUUAUCGAAAUAUUAUUUAAAUUGUGAAAUGCAAAUAUAAUUUGAUAACGCGACAGAAUCGCUAUCUAUAAAAAGAUUCUCAUAUCGAUUCUUUCGUCUAACCGAGAAUGCAUUUCUUUAUACAAAUGUACAUGUAUAUUGCGAUAUACAUAUGUGUGUAAUUUAUGUAAAUAUAUAUUAUUCUUAAUUAUAGUUUCAGUAUUUGCAUUGGCAAAGUAUUUUGUACAGCUUCAUAUAUAACAUAAUAAAUAAACUGUAUUUCAUAAAAUGGAAGAAGAAUCAAAAAAAACCAUUUUAUAAUCGUCGUAUUCAUCGCAUUUAGAAAUCGGCGACGAAUUUUUAAAGAAUC